ACAGUAUAAACCAUGUGACCGCUAGACUGAUUUUGACAGUUUUCAAAGAUAAAACGACAGUCAAACGGAAAUAGACCCCCUUGCUAGGAACACGUGGAAACCCCGCACUUCCUUUUUACGGCAACAUGGCUCCAAAGAAGAAGGCAGCAGCAGCGAAGCCUGCCACGAAGGCACCAGAACCAGCGACAAAGACGAUAAAGGAGAAGGCUUUGAAGGCUAAAAAGGCUGUAUUGCGUGGGGUGCAUGACAAGAGAAACAGGAAAAUCCGUACCUCUGUUCACUUCAGAAGACCCAAAACGUUGAAGCUGAGAAGGGCCCCAAAAUACCCACGAAAGAGUGUCCCCAAGAGAGAUAGGUUAGACAAGUACAAGAUUGUCAAAUAUCCCUUGACAACAGAGUCUGCUAUGAAGAAGAUAGAAGACAACAACACACUGGUGUUUAUUGUUGACAAGCGAGCUAACAAACCCCUCAUUAAACAUGCUGUGAAAAAACUUUAUGAUAUUGAGGUGGCCAAAGUGAACACACUCAUCAGACCCGAUGGUGAGAAAAAGGCCUAUGUGAGACUCGCCUCCGACUACGAUGCAUUGGAUGUAGCUAACAAGAUUGGUAUCAUCUAAACGAAGAAAAUAAAAAAACUAACAUUUA